AUGUCACGGCACAGUAUGCUCAAAUAUGCUACGAUCUUCCUCAUAUUCAUGUGCUUCCUCAGCCUGGCCGUGACUGCUGCACCAAUCGCAGCAGACGCAAAUCUCGUUGCCCGGACACCAGACCACAACGAACAUCAAACGACAAAAUCCACAAAGCCGGCUCCGAACCACUGGGUCGACAUGUUCGACAAUCGUCAGCCUCUACCCACGAUGCCAACGUCAACAGCACGAUCAACGGCCGCUGCAGAAUCUCUGGAAACCCAACGGCGCAAAGGUGAACACCACAAAUCGUACCACAGUCAACAUCAAUGGCCAGAGACGGACCCCAACACAAAGAACUCCCGAGAGGACUCUGCCUGGCGCGAAGAAGCAUCCAGCUUCGGCGGACCAUUUGCGCAAUUUGUCACAAGCCAAUAUGGGACGAAUCUAAAUGUCACAGAUAUCUACAUGCGAGGUUUUUCAUGCGGACUUGCUUCGAUCCUCGCCGCUGUCGCUGUCGUCACAUCAAUAUAUGUGGUCGUUGGGCCGUUGAUAGCACGAAUGUGGUUGAGACUGCCGGAUCGUAGGACAGCGCUGUAA